UUCUCGCCUAAACUUCUUGACUCCACUGAUCUAGUCGUCAUUACAGACCCGCGUUUCUUUUCACGUGCACACCACCCGCCAAGCCGCCAAGCCGCCAAAUGGAUUCUCCAGUGUACACUAGCCGCCAAUUGGAACUCAGAGACUCGAUGGCCAAUCAGACUGACUUCGCUCUCGCCCUCUCCAAGCAGGUCCUCUUGACCUGGGCUAAGGAUUCCAACCUUGUCUUUUCUCCCGUAUCCAUCCACGUUGUGCUCAGCCUGAUCACGGCCGGCUCCGCUGGGCCCACGCGGGACCAGCUCCUCUCUUUCCUCAAGGCCAAGUCAACUGACCACCUCCACUACUUCGCUUCUCAGAUCGUUGCCAUCGUGUUCACCGACGGCAGCCCCGCCGGCGGGCCUAAGCUGUCCUUCGCAAACAGCGUUUGGAUUGAUAAGUCGUUGACUUUCAAGCCAUCUUUCCAACAGGUGGUGGACGCGUCUUACAAGGCGGCCACUAAUCUUGCUGAUUUCGAAACCAAGGCUGUUGAGGUAACUAGGGAGGUUAAUACGUGGGCUGAGAAGGAGACCAGAGGCCUCAUAAAGGAGGUUCUCCCGGCUGACUCAGUGGACCCUUCAACUCGGCUCAUUGUUGCGAAUGCCCUUUACUUCAAAGGUGCUUGGAAUGACCAGUUCGACUCUUCAAGGACAAAAGAUAAUGACUUUUUCCUUCUCAAUGGGAAUUCUGUUCAAGUUCCUUUCAUGACUAGUGACAACAAGCAGAUCGUCAGGGCUUACGAUGGUUUUAAGGUCUUGGGACUUCCUUAUAAGCAAGGGGAGGACCAGCGUCACUUUUCGAUGUACUUAUUUCUUCCAAAUGCGAAAGAUGGACUCCCAGCUCUCGUGGAGAAAGUCGGUUCUGAAUCUGGCUUUCUGAAUCGCCAUCUUCCUUACAACAAAGUCACAGUGGGGGAAUUCCGAAUCCCGAGAUUCAAGAUAUCAUCUGGGUUUGAAGCUUCAGAAGAUCUAAAGAAGAUGGGAUUGGUAUUGCCGUUUUCAAGUGAAGGAGGAUUAACGGAGAUGGUACACCUUCUUAAUCCCCAUGUCUCACGCGUAUUUCACAAAUCCUUCAUUGAUGUUAGCGAAAAGGGAACAGAAGCAGCCGCUGCCACUGCCAGUAUCAUGAUGGGGUGUUCGCUUUUUUCUUCGAAGAAUAAUUUAGACUUUGUCGCCGAUCACCCGUUCCUGUUUUUGGUGAGAGAGGAUUUGAGUGGCACGGUGUUGUUUGUGGGUCAAGUGUUCAAUCCGCUAGCCGGCUGAUCAUAAGUCGAGCAAGAGCGUUAAUAUUCCCAAUGAUAUUGGCUAGUAAUGAGAGGUUGUAUGGUUUAUUGCAUAUGUUUUAAUGUAUUAAUUUGUCAAAGCACAAUUAGGGAGGACGCAAUAUCUUAUUGUAUUGAAUCGAUUUUAUGGACAUGUAUGUCUUCCUAUCUCUUUGUAACUUCUAUUUAUUUUUUCUUAAUAAAAGU